GUUUUUUUUGCAUAAAUACAGGGCCAUCUGCCACGAUACAAAACAAUUCAAAACACAUCAACAUUUUCUCUACCAUCACAACCACUCGCUCACUUUACAAAAAAAUACCAGUAUCCUUGUUACUUGACAUACUCAAUUGUGGUCUAUAAUACUUAAUUUUCCUUCCCAAAACCAUCUUCAUAAGCAUAUUUACCAUGCGCAGCUUCACCACCUAUAUUGCCGUUUCUGCCAUUCUCGGCAUGGCUGCUGUUGCCCAGGCCAACAAGGCCAACCACGCCUACAGCUCUGUCUCCGUCUCCAGCACCGGAUAUGGGUCAAGCAGCAUUAUUGCCUCUGCUUCCAGCAGUGUUGCCUCCGCGUCCAGCAGCAUUGCCUCCGCUUCAAGCAGCAUUGCACCCGCGCCCAGCAGCGGCGGCAGCGCUUACAAACCGAGCAGCAGCGCCGGUUACGGAUCAAGCGGAAAUGCCUAUGCUUCGCAGGGAGAUGAUUACUAUGCUUCAGAGGGCGACAUCUACGGGGCUGACGGUGACGAUAUUUACGGAUCGCAGGGUGGCGAGGAUUAUGCUUCAGCUGGGAACGACUACGGAGCAUAUGAUAACAAUGACUAUGCUUCGGAGGGCGGCAACGACUACGGAUCGGAUGACGGUGCCUACUACGAAGCACAGGACAACAACGACUAUGCUACUACUAAUGACUAUGCCCCGCACGAGCCCAUGGUCACACCUCAGUUCCAGACCGUCGUCCAGGAUAUUGUGAACACUGUUUACGAGUACACCACCGUUUUGGUCGAGGAGACUCAGAUCCAGGAGGUCACCCAGCAGAUCACCAACGUCCAGGUCCAAGGCAUCACUGCUCAGCAGGAUGCCCUGUACCAGGUCACCCAGACCUAUGUGUGCCCUCUGCCGCCCACUAUCACCUUCAACAACGUCAACACCGUUUGGGUUACUGAGACCGUGACUCCCACCGUUCAGGUUAUUCAGACCCGCGUUAUGCCCCAGGUCAUUGUUCAGCCCAUCACCCUCACACACCAAGUGCAGCAGGUCAAUGUCCAGACCCAGGUUAUCCAGCAGGAGGCCACGGCUGUUGUCGCCACCAAUGUCAACAAUAUGGUCCAGGUUGUCCAGCAGAAUGUCGGCCAGGCACAGGGACAGGUCGCGACCGUGGUCCAGGCUGCCCAGCCCGCCUACGCAUACGCCUAAGCACCAGCAACGAUGGCAGUGCCCAAGCUACACACAAGCUAAUUGAUAACCAAGUCUAACUUGGUACAAAUUAAACUAAACUAAUUUUUAAUCUCUCAGUUUUUAACUUUUUUUUCACCACUUCUCUUUCCGUUCAAUUGACAUUGACUAUUUGCAAAAUA